CUGCCGGUUCAGGAGGAACUCUGGUCAGUUUCUUGUCUCUGUGACUCACAGCUGCUGAGGAUGGAUGCUCGGAUCUUCACCCUGCACGUCCUGACGCUCUGCUGCCUCAUUCACGGCUCUCUGCAGGGUGUGUACCAGCGGCGUCUUUACAAGGAGCUGAUGAGGAACUACAACCCGUUAGAGCGACCGGUAAACAACGACUCCCACAGCCUCACCGUCCACUUCAGCUUCAGCCUGCUGCAGAUCAUGGACGUGGAUGAGAAGAACCAGGUGCUGACCACCAACAUCUGGCUGCAGCUGUACUGGACAGAUUUCUACCUGCAGUGGAACAUGUCCGACUAUCCAGGUGUGACCAAUGUCAGAUUCCCCGACAGCCAGAUCUGGAGGCCCGACAUCCUGUUGUACAACAGCGCUGACGACCGGUUCGAUGCCUCCUUCCACACCAACAUCCUGGUCAACUCUACCGGCUACUGCCAGUACCUGCCACCAGGAAUAUUUAAGAGCACAUGUUAUAUCGACGUCCGCUGGUUUCCGUUCGACGUGCAGCGCUGCGACCUGAAGUUCGGCUCGUGGACGUACGGCGGCUGGUCUCUGGACCUGCAGAUGAUCGAGGCCGAUAUCACCGGUUACAUCGCAAACGGAGAGUGGGACCUCGUGGAGGUUCCUGGACGGAGGAACGAGCGUUUCUACGACUGCUGUAAGGAGCCGUACCCUGACGUCACCUUCACCGUGGUGAUGAGGAGGAGGACACUCUACUACGGACUCAACCUGCUCAUCCCCUGCGUCCUCAUCUCCACCCUCGCCCUGCUCGUCUUCCUGCUGCCUGCUGACUCCGGAGAGAAGAUCUCCCUGGGGAUCACGGUGUUGCUCUCUCUGACAGUCUUCAUGCUGCUGGUAGCUGAGAUCAUGCCGGCAACGUCUGACUCUGUUCCUCUCAUAGCUCAGUAUUUUGCGACCACCAUGGUGAUCGUGGGUCUGUCAGUCAUCGCUACAGUUCUGGUUCUGCAGUAUCAUCACCACGACCCCGAUGGAGGACACAUGCCUCAGUGGACUCGUGUGAUUCUGUUGAACUGGUGUGCCUGGUUCCUGCGCAUGCGUCGUCCCGGUGAGGCGAAGGUCCGUCUGGCGUGCCACAACGCCACCAAGCAUAGGCGGGGCAGCCUGUCCAGCCUGGAGCUCAGCGUGAGCCAGGGCUCUCUGCGACAUCACCCCCAGGUGACCAACGGGAACCUCCUGUACGUCGGCUUCCGGGGGAUGGAGGGUUUGCACUACGCCUCGCCUUCUGAACCCGAGCUCCUGUGUUCGCGGCUGGUCGGGGGCGGCGUGGGCAGCGAGGAGGCCGUGGGAAGAGGAGGAGGAGGAGCUGCGGCUGGCUCCGCCCUGGAGGCGGAGCUGAACCAGAUCCUGGAGGAGGUGAGGUACAUCGCCAGGCGUUUUCGCAGCCAGGACGAGGAGGAGACGGUGUGCAGCGAGUGGAAGUUUGCCGCGGCGGUGAUCGACCGGCUCUGUCUGGUCGCCUUCUCGCUCUUCACCAUCCUUUGCACCAUCGGCAUCCUCAUGUCGGCUCCCAACUUUGUGGAGGCCAUUUCCAAAGAUUUCUUCAGCUGAGGUGGAAAGGGAGGAGGAGACAGCUGAUAUCUUUAUUUUUAUUGCUGUCUAUAGAUCCGAUGUACAGACCCAAACCAACAAUGUGUUCAUCCGUCUCUGUAAAGUGACUUCCUGUCUGUGUUCACCAAAGAGUGUAGAAGGAGGAGAAGACAAGGGGUCAAAUUAUGUCAUGUUCUUGGUGUACAACAUAUGCGUAGUUUACCGUAUUUCCUCAAAUAGUAGCCGGGGCUUCUAUUAAUAAAAAAUCAGUUUGGGACCCGGCUAAUAAUAGGGGCAGGCUAUUAUUUGAAGGAGGCUUUUAUUAAAAAAAUUAAAUCAGAGCAGCUCUGACCGGCACUUUUUAGAGUGUUUUACACAGCGCAUUGUAGCCAGUUACCUGGAUGUCGGCCAUAUUGGAAGUACUGGGAUGUAAACAAACAAUGAACAGCACGCUGAAUGUUCAUUUUAAGCAGGAUUUAAAAUGUCUAAACUACUAAAAAGCCCAGAAGAACGUGC